AUGUCGCAAGACACUGGGCUUUUCAGCAUUCGACGACCUCGAGAGACCCUUGCGAGUGUCCAGAACUUAUCGUCCAUCCCGCAGCCUGCCUCAGCACUUAAACGAACCAGUUCCGCAGCAAACUUCCAGAAUCCACCGUACACGUCGCAGCAUGUGCGCACAACUUCCGUCGGCGGUCAAGGCUUUAAUCGACCACAACAACCAGUAUUCCAGCGAUCUUCAUCUGGAGCUGACAAUGGACUUUCAUCCGUCCGCCGGUCUGUUUCAAGCAACAUCUUUCACAGUGCCAGCGUUGGCCGCCAAAGCUAUGCACCUGUAUCCUCUCACCCCGUCCCCGCGCCGCAACUACAACGGCGAAGCAGUGUUUUCUCGCGCCAGUCGACGGGUGGCCCGAUGAGCCAUCACCAGUCAUUCUUUACCCAAGCCCCUGCCCCUGCUGGUGUUCCUAGAGACCCACGCCCACUCAAAGACCGCUCUUACCAGGCGCGAAUCGGACAAGAGCUUUUGGAGUAUCUGACACAAAAUAAUUUUGAGCUAGAGAUGAAGCACUCUCUCACGCAAAACACUCUGAAAUCCCCAACGCAAAAAGAUUUCAACUACAUUUUUCAAUGGCUUUAUCGAAGAAUCGACCCUGGCUAUAAAUUCCAGAAAAACAUUGACGCCGAAGUUCCUCCUAUUCUUAAACAACUACGCUAUCCAUUUGAGAAGAGUAUCACAAAAUCCCAAAUUGCAGCUGUUGGUGGCCAGAACUGGUCGACUUUCCUAGGCAUGCUUCAUUGGAUGAUGCAGCUGGCGCAGAUGCUUGAUCGGUAUUAUUUGGGACAUUACGACAAUGCUUGUGCGGAAGCCGGCGUAGAUAUCUCUGGUGACAAUAUUAUUUUUCAUUUCCUCUCCAAUGCCUAUCGUGAUUGGCUUCAGGGCGGCGAGAAUGAAGAUGAUGAGGUGGCGGAAAGACGCCUUAUUCCUCAUAUUGAAGCAAUGGCAGCUGACUUCGAGCGGGGGAAUGAAAAAUAUGUUCGUGAAAUGCAUGAGCUUGAAGCAGAGAAUAGGGAGCUACGGGAUCAAAUUGAGCAAAUGGAGAAGAAUGCCCCGGAUAUAGCGAAAUUGGAAAAACAUUUCAGGAUUCUGGAGGAUGAUAAGAGAAAAUUUGAAGACUACAAUCAGAAUGUCCAAGGAAAGAUCACCAAAUACGAAAAUCGCAUCAAGUUUCUUGACGAAGAGAUAAGUAGGACUGAGGAGGACUUCCAGAAAGCCGAUGAGGAACGCCUAGAUCUGCAAAAUAGUGUGGAUAAACAGGGGAUUACAAUCCAGGAUAUCGAUCGCAUGAACUCCGAGCGAGAACGGCUUCAGAAAAGCGUAGAGGAUAUCCUCAUUCAACUUGACGAUACUCAUGCUAGGGUCAUGGAAAAGGAGGCUGAAGCAAAUAGAAGGCUUGAAUCCCUGGAGCAAGUUGUUAAAACUUUUAACACUCUUGGUUAUCAAACGAGCUUAAUCCCAGCGACCGCUGCAAACGCUAAGGGCCAAGACUAUGAGCUCCAUCUCAAUCUGAAUGAAAUCAACUUUUCUUCAUCCCAGUUGGGUACUUCCAGGACCUCGCCAGAAGGUGAUCGUUUGCUUGCUGACACUUUCACCGGGUAUCAUCCAACGAACCUCUUGAACCUCGACCUUCGUGGCCUCGUUCGUAGCAACUUCAUCUCUCUACGGAAAGAGAUUAAUGAGCGACGGAAACUUGCUCUGGAUGCAGAUAUGAAUCACCGGGACCUGUUAGAUAAUAUCAAGGAGGCCAUGGACGAGAAAAGGAGCGAGGUAGAGGCCCUUGAACACAAACGACGCGCGGCAGAAGAGGAAUUCGAGAAGCUUAAGGAAAUUACAACAACCCAAAAGUUGACAUCCGACUCCCAAAUUGAAAAGAUGGAAAAGGAGCUUGCUAAAAUGCGUGCUACCCUGACUGAAAACGUUCAGCUCAUGGAGCAACGAGAAAUGAACACCAACAUCGAAUACGAGCAACUAGUUCUUCGAGCUAAUGCUCUCCGUGAGGAGCUCCAUACCGGUGUUGAAACUAUGUUGAAUGAUGUUAUCCGGUUCAAGGUGCACAUUCAGAAAAGCUUAGAAGAUUAUGAGAGCUUUGUUGUGGAUGAAGUAGAGCAAGAACUUGGAAGUGACAAUGACGAGGAUAUGUAA